AUGGUGGGCGAAUUGGCAAUUCAAAACCGGAAAAGUAUUUUGGAAUUACUGGAUGCUGUAUGGGAUCCCAAAACACAGGAGAACAACAUCUUCAGUUGCAGAGCUACUAUCCAAAGUAUCCUUGACCUAUGGUCCUACUCAUCCUGUGAAAAGUGCAGCAAGAAGGUAGAGAUAUGUGGCAAUAAGACAUGGUGCACAACAUGUCAAAUGGAGGUCACAGCGGUGCCUAGGUACCGUCUAGAAAUGGAGGUGCAGGAUUCCACAGGCACCACUAGCUUUGUAGCAUUUGACAGAGAGGUGGAAAACUUGGUCCUGGCCGCCCCCGCCACAGCCAUGUCGAAGAUAGAGCAGGGAGAUCAUCCUGCAAAGGAAUUUGAAACCCUUUAUCUGCACCAUCAGCUGGAAUUCCAGAUCAAGCUUACUGAAUUUAACAUGAAACAGCAAGUCAAAACCUUCACUGCCCAAAAAAUGUUCCAAAUACAUAACAGUGAAGUUAAAGGUGCAGAAAUGAUGAACUCUGAACCAAAUAGUCAGGAAAUGAAAGACACUGACAGGAUCAGCGUUGAAGAAAUGGAAACCAAAGGGAAACCGGUGUCAACUAGUGAUGCAGAAAGCACUGAGCUCAAGAAUUCCCGGACCUACAAACAUAUUCUCAGUACUAUCAAGACCGAAGAAAAGAGCCCCGAAUGUGAAGGGAACCCACCAAAAUAG